AUGAGCCGGCUCUGCCUCUCCAUCGCCCUUCUCGUCCUCCUGGGCACCCUGGUGACCUGCACCCCGGGGGAUAAACACAAGAGCCAUGCCAGAGCCCUGCGCCCUGACUUCUGCCUGGAGCCUCCCUACACGGGUCCCUGCAGGGCCCUGUUCCGCAGAUACUUCUACAACGCCAAGUCUGGGCUCUGCGAGACCUUUGCUUACGGUGGGUGCAGAAGGAAACGGAACAACUUCCUGGAUAAGGAGGACUGCAUCAGCACCUGUGGUGGCCACAACGGGGCCUGGGAGAGCCGGGCAGCUGGGCGCCUCUGAGACGGUGAAGUCCUAGGAGGCCCCACACAGGGCUGGGCUCUGGCUUCU